CUACUACCCUUGGCACAACUCCUGCAGAAACUACUACCCUUGGCACAACUCCUGAAGAAACUACUAAUCUGGGCACCACUUCUGUAGAAAGUACUUCCUUUGGCACCACUUCUGUUAAAACUACACCAGUUAGUUCAACGGGAUUAGUAUUGGAAACAUCCACAUUUGAAAUGAGAACUGCUGAAACAACCUCAGUUGUAUCUACACCUGGCAUAGCAUCUGCUGGUGGAAGCACGACGUUUCAAACUGCCACUUGGCACCACCACUGCAGAAACCACUAUCAUUGGCACCACUUAUGUGAAAAAAAUAACUAUGACAGAUACCGAUUCCUUAGAAUGUACCACCACUUGUACACACACUACCCUGUAGAAACUACUUCUGUAGAAACUACUACCCUGGGAACCACUUCUGUAGAAACUACUACCCUUCGCACAACUCCUGCAAAAACUACUACCCUUGGCACAACUCCUGAAGAAACUACUACGCUGGGCACUGCUUCUGUUGAAACUACACCUUCAGUUAGUUCAACACAAGUGGUAUUGGAAACGGCCACAUUUGAAAUGAGAACUGCUGAAACAACAACCUCAGUUGUAUCUACACCUGGCAUAGCAUCUGCCGUUGGAAGCACAACGUCUCAAACUGCCACUUGGCACCACCACUGCAGAAACCACUAUCAUUGGCACCACUUAUGUGAAAAAAAUAACUAUGACAGAUACCGAUUCCUUAGAAUGUACCACCACUUGUACACACACUACCCUGUAGAAACUACUUCUGUAGAAACUACUACCCUGGGAACCACUUCUGUAGAAAGCACUACCCCCGUCACCACUUCUGAAAAAACUACUACACUUGGCACUGCUUCUGUUGAAACUACACAUUCAGCUAGUUCAACGCAAGUAGUAUUGGAAACAUCCACAUUUGAAAUGAGAACUGCUGAAACAACAACCUCAGUUGUAUCUACACCUGGCAUAGCAUCUGCUGGUGGAAGCACGACGUUUCAAACUGCCACUUGGCACCACCACUGCAGAAACCACUAUCAUUGGCACCACUUAUGUGAAAAAAACAACUAUGACCGAUACCGAUUCCUUAGAAUGUACCACCACUUGUACACACACUACCCUGUAGAAACUACUACCCUGGGAACCACUUCUGUAGAAACUACUACCCUUGGCACAACUCCUGCAAAAACUACUACCCUUGGCACCACUUCUACAGAAACUACUACCCUUGGCACAACUCCUGCAGAAACUACUACCCUUGGCACAACUCCUGAAGAAACUACUACUCUGGGCACCACUUCUGUAGAAAGUAUUUCCCUUGGCACCACUUCUGUAGAAACAACUACUCUGGGCACCACUUCUACAGAAACUACUUACCCUACUACGUGAUUCCUUAGAAUGUACUACCACUUGUACACACUAGUACCUUUGCCACCCAUUUUGCAGAUAGCCCUACACUUGUCAUCACUGUAGAAACAUCAGCAUUGAUUAAUUCAAUAGUAAUAGUGUUGGAAACAUCCACACAUGUAAUGAAAACUGCUGGAACAACAAUCUUUGCUAUAUCUAUGCCUGGCAUAUUAUCUGCUUUUGAAUUCAUAGUGGAUGAAAGUAACACUUCUGCAGAAAGUGCUACCCUUGGCACAAUUUUUGUGGAAAGUACUAUUCUGGCCACCACUUCUGGAGAAAGUACUACCUUUGACUCCACUUCUCCAGAAACUACUACCCUAGGCACCACUUUGACUGAGACACUGUUGUUCUGAAAUUCUGCAGUGAAUAAUCUUUACUGCCGUUUACCUUGUGGCAACAAUGGAGGUUACAGAUUUAAAGAUGUAUGGUGUAUGAAUGACCUGUAUGACUCUUUUAGUUGUAUCUGUGGAACAAGCAUACCAUUGAUCAUGCCACUUCUAACAAGAUAUACAAGAUGAGCAGAUGAUGGGCAAUGAGAUGAGGACAAGGUCUUGUGGUAUUCCCUAAAGACUGCUACUCUACUACAGAUACUGAUCUCUGCGCUCCUGCUUAAUAAAAUAGGAAUAUAAAUGUAAAUUAAUCAUAUUUAAGGAUUUCAUGAGGUUUUCUUUUGACAAAAUGUAUAUUAAAAUAUAAUAUUUGCUGUAAUUGAUUUUUGAAAAUGUGUUUUAUGGUUUGUGUAAUGUAAAUGUCACCGUCAAAUGAAUAAAAGAAUUUCACUGAGGCCAUCAUGAAACAUUGUUUAUUAGGUACUAUAUACUCAAAGCAAUUAAAAACUAAACUUCUACCAUUGAAAUCAGCCAAACUGCCUGCACUGUAAGCAGUGAGAUGUUGGUGUUUGCAGUUUUGACCGCUUUCUUGAUUAUGGUGGGCUUGAUUGAGUGCUCUGCAACACUUAUUUGUAGUGUAAAUUUGGUAUAAUACAUGGA